AUGAUAAGAAAUAUAUAUGAAAAAAAAAAAUAUUAUAAAUUUCUUUUAUUUAAUUUGAGAUUUAUUCAUGAUGGACAUUUAAAUAAAAUUCUUAAGAAUAAAUAUAAAGAAAAAGUUAGAGAUAAAUAUUUAGAUAAUAUAUAUAAUAAUGAAAUUAAUAUUAAUACUAUAAAUAAAAAUAUAAAAAAUAAAAAAAUUGAUUAUCUGAGACAGUUAAUAUAUGAUGAAGUGGACACUGAUGAAUAUUUAUUAAGUGAAAAUAUUUUAGAAGAAAUUAAAAGAAAAAAAAAAAAAAACCAGGAAAUAGAGGAAAAAAAAAGAGAUACAAAUAAUUUGGGUGAACUAGAUAAAAAAGAAAUGAGUGAAUCAAAAUACAAACAAGCAAUAAGAAUAUAUAAUUUAUUAAAGUUAAAUGAUAAAACUAACGUUUUUGAUGAAGAUGUUUUUAUGAACAUAGAGAGCAAAAUUAAUCAUGAUAUUUAUCAAUUUGCUCAAAAAAAAUUUAUCAAUGAUGAUUACGAAGAAAAUGUAGAUGAUACGUAUAAUAAUAAAAAAAACAUUAUAAAUGCUAAAACUUUAGAUAAAGAAGAAAAAAAAGAUGAUAUUAUAAAUAAUGUUAUUAAUUUAAAUGAUAAAACAGAAAUUAAUACAAACGAAAAAACAACUAACGAUAUAAAUAAUGUUAAAAAAUUUGAUGAUACUAAUUUUAUGAGUAUAACAAAAAUGAAUUUGCCUAUAUUUAAUCCAACUAGCUUUUGCUUAUCUAUAGAAUGUUUAACUAAUCAUAUUUGUGAUGAUUUAAUUUUUUUAUUUGGAGAUAUAAUUGAUGAAAAAAAAAUACCUGAAAAAAAUGAAAAUGACAGAUUAUAUAAAUUUAUUAAUUCAUUGAGCGAGUUUUUUUGUUUAGAAAAAAAUGAAACAGAUGUUGAAAGGUGGAUGAACAGUGUAUAUAAAAAAAUAAAAAAUAAAUUACCACAUAACAUCAGUAAUAUCAAAGAUGAAUAUAUAGAAAACUGGAUAAAAGGCCAUAUAAAACGAGUUUUAUUUAAUGAAAAAUUUAAAAAUGAAAAAUUAUACAAAGAAAAAUAUUAUAAUUUAGGAAAUGAUUUUGUAUACGACAGUUUAUCUAUUAAUAAUGAUGUGAUAGAUAAUAAAAUAGAUUUUUCUACUAAUAAAUUAACAUAUUAUUUUAAAAGUAUUAUUGAAUUUUUCAUAGAGAAAAAAAUAGAUAGUGAUUUAGAAGAACAAUUAAAUAUGUUGUUUUUAAAUUUAAAAAAAAUAGGUUUAGAAAACUGGUUAAAAAUGGAUAUUAAAGAUUUUGAGAAAUAUCUUUUAAGAAAUAAUAAUUCCAAUUUUUUAGAAAUAACAGAUAGUGAUAGGUAUGUCUCUUUUUUAAUGUUAAAGUGUGCAAGCAGAAAUAUUAUUGAUUUCUUUUUUUAUGAAGAAUUUUCUCCUUUUUAUAUUUUUCAUGAAAAACCUAAGAAUUCCAUUGAAGAAAAGAUAAACAAAUUAGAAGAAAAUAAGCAUAUAUCUGAUGAAGAUAUAAAAAAAAUGAUUUAUUGUGGUAAUUCUUCUGUAACUAUUCUAAAUAAUAAUAAGAAUAGUUGUGAAUAUAAUGAAAUGGAUAUUGACCUAUUUUUAGAAAAGGAAAAGAAAUAUAAUAUGAAUAGAUCGUUAAUUACUUACAAUUUUGAUGAAAAUACUAAUUCAUACACAUAUAAAUAUAAGCAAAUUCCUAAUACUAUUUAUGAUCAUAAUACAAAUAAAUAUAUAAGAGAAAAAGAAACAAUAGAUCCAAUGUUAAAAUUAAAUGAGAUGAGAUCUUCUAUUUUGGAGGUUAAAAGAAUGAUGAGUAUGACUAAAGAUGGAAGAGUUUAUUACAUCAGAAUAGUUAUAGUAAUAGGUAAUGGAAAAGGUGUAUAUGGAUAUGGAGUAGGUUUCGGAAAAAAUAUAAAAGAGGCAAGAAAUAGUGCAUUAUUAAACUCUAUCAGUAAUAUAGAUUUUUUAGAUUACAAUUAUAAAAAUUGCAUUUUAAAUUUUCCUGUGAGUGGACAAGAAUAUUCAUCACAUGUUAAAAUAAUACCAAGACCAUUAGGUAAAGGAUUAAAGAUGAAUAGAAAAUAUUUGCCAUUAGGAUACAUUUUGGGUCUGGAUAAUGUUAAAAUAUCUUUUAGUGGUAGUAAUAAAUGGAUGAGUAGAAUAAAAGCUUUAAAAAGAUGUUUAGAUAAAAUAAUAUCUAUUAAAACGUUGUGUAAAAUGACAGGAAAAAAGUAUGUGUGUCAUUUUGCACCUCAUUAUUGUACUAGUCAUUGGCCUGAUUACUGGUUUAAAAAUAUUUUAAAAGAAUAUAAAUAUAAAAUUCAAAAAAUUCAAAAAAAAAGAAGUAUAAUUUGUAAAAAGAAUUUUAGGUCUAAUAUUUCAAAAAUCCCAGAAGAAGUUAAACCAGAUUUUACUCCUUAUUCAUGGAAAACGCCAAUUCAUAAAUAUAUAGAAUCACAAAAAUUAAAAAAAUAUGUUGAUAAUAAUAUUUAUCAUACAAAUGUUUUUUAA